AUGGGACAAAGAAGUGGACGUCAAGACAGAAGUAAGAAACUAGAGCUGGCACUAAGUGAGACCAUGGAGGCAGGAGCUGGAGUACAAAAUAAUCAAGAGGAAGCUGAGGAGCUGAAGGCCAAAGAGACGAGGCUGACAUCAGUUUUUGGAAUGGCAGACUUAAAAAACGGAGCUAUUGGACUGUACAACCUUGGACAGACCUGCUGCCUGAACUCUCUGCUCCAAGUGUUCCUCAUGAAUAUACACUUCACAGGGAUACUUCGAAGGAUCACAGUGCCACUAUAUGCUGCUCAGCAGAAGAAGAGUGUCCCAUACCAAAUGCUCUUGCUGUUGGAGAUCAUGCAGCGUGGCAGGGACAAAGCUGUUCGUCCCGUGGACCUUGCUUGCUGCCUCUCAGCACACAGAGUGAAAUUGUCUGUGCAGCAUGAUGCUGCUCAGCUCUACCUGACUCUCUGGAACUUGAUAAAGAGGCAGAUGAAAAACCCAGUGCUGGUUGAAGACCUGAGUGAUUUGUACACUAUCAGCAUACAGGAGCAUCUGGCCUGUCAGAAAUGCUCUUUUGAAAUAAAGAGCAACAGCAGCAUGUUAACCCUUCCACUCCCAGUGUUGGAUUCCAAUUCUCACAUGCUGAAGACCCUGGAGGACUGUCUGCAAUGCUUUCUCCAUCCAGAAGAGCUGACUGGUCAAGACAUGUGUUUCUGUCAGCAGUGUGGAAAGAAAACACCUUUUCUGCAGAGGAUGAAGCUUGUCCAUCUGCCACAGACUCUGACCAUACACCUGAAGCGAUUCUGCUUUGAAAAACCGUCUGCCACACGUAAGCUGCGUCACUAUCUGAAAUUCCCACAGGACCUUGAUUUCAAUGCAGUCUUGACAGAAGAUCAGUGCCAAGCAGAUGACAAUGAAAAGGCUACCUGGCAGUAUGGCCUUUUUGCUGUUGUUGCUCACUCAGGAUCAAGUAGUUAUGGACAUUACUGUGCCUAUAUUCGAAGCCUCACCGAGUGUAAAUGGUAUUGUUUCAACGACUCUGAGGUUUGUCAGGUGUCAUGGGAUGAUGUUAAAUGCACAUAUGGACAUUCCAACCUCCACUGGCGAGAAACAGCCUAUCUCUUGAUUUACAUGAAAAAACAUCCUCAGUAG